AUGGAGCAUCAAAAAUGUUACAUAUACGAACCACCAGAGACGGAAGAGCGAGCGCCAAAGCGACAGCGAACCAGCAAAUUCGAUACACAAGCGCAGCUACCAGAACGGCUAGCCACGUAUCGAGAGUUGUGGGCACAACAAGAAGAGCGCAUUCAAAGUACUUUGGAAGGGGUAGAUGGCGCCACCCGGGGAAAGAUCGUCAAUUUCGUGUCGGCUUCCAGCGCAUCACCAGAUGAGCCCAAGUUCUCCAUACCGACAGCGCUCAUUGUUGCCGGUCCUAGUAUUGCGUCCCAUGGCCCGUUUUUCGAACGUUUGGGCCGCGGAAUCAGAGAUGAAAAUUGCGCGUACGUCGUGCUAACGUCUGGCGAGUGUCCGAAUUUAAAGACGCUCCUAAAAACGCUCAUCAAGAAGGUUACUUCACGCGUGGACGACGAUGAUGAGGAUGAUCUAAGUCGCCCCGGCACAUCUUCGAGGCACGGACCAAAGUUGCUCAAUUACGAUCUUGGUCAUGUUCAAGAAUGGCGUAAGAAGAAUGGCGUUUCUAGCAUCGUUGUUGCUCUACAGGAUAGCGAAGCUUUUGACGUUGGACUACUCGUCGAUGUAGUUGACCUGCUCCACUCAUGGCUCGACCGUCUGCCUUUUGUGCUACUCUUCGGCAUUGCAACUUCAGCAGAGAGCUUUGAGGAGCGCCUAGCAGGGAACUCACUCCGCUACCUUGACGGCCAAAAGUUCGACGUUACUCAAUCCGAUGAGAUCAUCGAGAAGUUAUUCCGCGCAAGUAUUGCUAGCACAGAUGCUCGACUUCAUGUUGGAUCCAAUCUCUGCCGCCGUAUGCUGGAUCGGCAGAAGGAUCAUGUUCAGAACACGCAGGAUUUCUGUGAUGGGCUGAAGUAUGCUUACAUGUCGCACUUCUAUGCUAGUGUGCCUAGUGUCUUUCUCAAGUAUGAUGUUACUUUUGAACAAGUAUCAGCAGACGCGUUCGAGGCUGUCCGGGCUUUGCCCUCAUUCCGUCAUUGGGUAGAAAACCUGCUAGAAGGUGACCAAGCACAACACGUACGAAGGAUACUUGAAGAGAAUGAGUCUCUGUUCGCUGAGAUUACAAAACAUCUGCAAUCUGGACAAUACGCCAUGACUACACUGAGCCACGCUGCGAAAGUACUAGCGAACAUCCGGGAGUCGCUUCAGAUGUCACCUAGCGUCCGCCUGUCCUCUAUCUGGACUCGAGCAGCAGCUGGAGAACUGGCUGGAUCUCCUCUAAUCCGCGAAACGAUGCUGUCCAUCAAGAAGAUCCCAUCUGACAAAUUGGUACCUUUAUUAACAUCACUACGAGAUCUCGAGGGCAACUAUUUCUCCCUGGACACCGCUUCCACUCAAGAGAAACUCGAAGGCUUGUUACAAAAUGCCGAUGCGCCUCUCCGAACACAGCACGAUGUUCGCAAUGAUAGCGUACGAACCACCGUUGUGGCACAAAAAGUACUCCUGAGCAAGCACAAAGCUGCGCUGUCGGAGCAAGACAAGGCAUACUCAGACUUGAUUACACAAUUCCACGAUGAGCUCGAAGCGUACUUUACCUCUUCGUUCAUUGAUCCAAAAACAUUAUUUCUCUCAGAGGUCUUUAUGUACGACCUAAAGUCACCGCACACAGAAGUUUUCCAGCCCAAGCCUCGCUUUGCUGUUGAACGCGCACUUGCUUCUCCUCAUGACUAUCUGGGCUGCGACUGUUGCAGUGGAGUGGAUGGAAAUCCGGCAGCUCUUUCUUCCACCCAGCCUGCGACUGCUAUUGUUUAUCAAAUGUACCUCGAGUCUGGAACGUUGAUCAACGUCACCGAUCUAUGGUCGGCGUUCAACGCCAUUGCGGGAGAUGGAACUGAGGAGAAUGAGCCCAAGACCAUGGCGCUGUUCCAGCGAGCACUAGCUGAGCUCCGACACCUCGGCCUAGUCAAACCCAGUCGAAAGAAGACGGACCACAUUUCGAAGAUCAUGUGGAAGGGCCUUUAG